AUGUAUAAACUAAGUUUGGGAAGGUUUGUUUUAAAUUCUCUUCAUGCAUGCUUGUAUGAACUUAAUAACCUUGUUAGCUAUGAUGAUAUUAUUGGACUAGAAAGUAUUGAGAUGAGAGGGGGAUUCGUGCAUGAAAUUUAUUGUGUGGAUUGUCUAGACCAGUGGAAUGAAGAAAUUUAUUUUUCGUACGAUGUUUUAAAUAAUUCAUUCGCCCUUAGUUUGUUCACAUUGUUUUGGGAUCUUUUUCACUUGUUAGAACAGUGGUUCCAUAAGCACUUGAGAGGAACUUAUAUUUCUCGUGCUUCAAUUAUUUUCCAUCUGAAUUUGAUUUCGAAGUUGCAUAUACAGGAGCCAUUUGUGAACAUACCCGAGGAUAAAAUUCGUGAAGCAUUAAAAGUCGUCCUUGAUGUGAAGAAUCACCCUCUAUUGAUCCACUGCAAACGAGGGAAACACCGGACUGGUUGUCUUGUGGGAUGCUUGAGAAAAUUACAAAGAUGGUGUCUAACUUCGGUUUUUGACGAGUACCAGCGCUUUGCAGCAGCCAAAACACGCGUAUCAGAUCAGAGGUUUAUGGAAUUGUUUGAUGUGUCGAGCUUCAAGAACGUACCGAUGACAUUUUCAACUUCAAAGAGGUACAAAUAAUUACUAGCCGAGAAGUAGCAAUCUCGAGGAAAGUGAUUACCCUAGAAAUGCGUUUCUCUUGAUUUU